UCAUUCAGGACUGCUAAGAACAUUGCACGACAGCUUCUCCCCCUCUCCCUCUUUAAACCCUAUCCGAACCUCCCUCCCGGAUCUCCAUUUCUGGUCUUGGUCUUGGUCUUCGUCCUGGUUUUCCGUUUCGUCAUGCCGCGCGACUACUCCAGAUCGGCAUCCCCCGUGGCCCAUCCCACCAAGGACAGAAAAUAUCGCGAUCGCAGCGACGCUCGUCCCAAGCGCAAAGACCGCGAUGGCUCCGACGACGCGGCCCCCGCCCGCAAGAAGAUCCAGAUGCCCCGCAAAGAAACCAACUAUCCGUCGGUGAACGAGCUGAAGAAACGGAUCCGGGAUGUCAAGCGGCUCUUGAACAAGGUCGAUCUGCCGGCCGAUGCACGCAUCGUGCAGGAGCGAGCGUUGGCCGGGUAUGAGAAGGAUUUGGAGGACGAGAACAGCCGUCGGGAUCGGUCGAAGAUGAUCAAGAAGUAUCAUUUUGUUCGGUUUUUGGACCGAAAAACCGCCACAAAAGACGUCAACCGUCUUCUGCGUCGCGAGAAAGCUCUCGCCGAGUCUGACGACGCCUCGUCCAAGAAGAGCAAACUAGCGCAGAAGAUCCACGUCGCUCGCGUCAACCUCAACUACACUAUCUACUACCCGCUCACGGAGAAAUACAUCGCUCUCUACGCGAAGGUCAAAAAGGACAAGGAGCGGGACCCGAAAGACGACACCAACGACUCCGACGAUGACGCCGGCUUCAAGGCCAUUCACACCUCCGUCGCGGACAAACCGGCGCUCUGGCAUACCGUCGAAAAGUGCAUGAAGGACGGGACGCUGGAUCUGCUGCGGGACGGGAAACUCUCGUCUCGCGACGAGGGAAGCAUCGGGAAUAAGAGCUCUGCGCGGCAAUCAGAGAAGAAGACCGCCAAGUCCAGUAAAAAGACAGACUCGAAGAAAGACAAGACGACUAACACCAAGUCCUCGAGUCGCGGCGCAGCGAAGAAGAAUGAGCGCGCCCCGGCCGAGAAGAAGGCGGUCGUCAAUGAGAACAACGACGAUGACGAGAGUGAUGGAGGCUUCUUUGAAAUGUGAAAAAAGAAGACAAGAGAAAAGCAAAAAUUCGUCUGCAACCGGACAAGUCUAGCGUUAAGCAUUUUCGGGAGUUGGU